GCCUACAUAAUCAUGAUAAUAUCAUUGCCGCUCAUAUCGACCGACUCGGAGUCGCACCGUACUCGUCUAGUAGAUCUAUUUAGAUCAUGUAAAAAUUCACACUUGUUCAUAUUUUAAAAACAAAGAUUCAAGUUGAUUACGCAAUCGGAUGCCGUUUCGCAGUGUAGAUUAAUAGGAUAUCAGAAACAUCGACAAAUUGGGUUGCCAAACAGGAAAAAUGGCGCCUGCCGCCCCAACAUCGCGGGCUGUUGUGAUGGAUCAUAUUCAAUCCAACGAUGUGAUGAUCUUCAGCAAGACAUAUUGCCCAUUCUGUAAAAAGGUUAAGGAGCUGUUUGAUACAAAGAAAAUAGAAUAUAAGACACUUGAACUCGACAUUCGUGCGGAUGGUGAAGAGCUUCAGAAAGUCCUCCUCGAUAUGAGCGGUCAGAAGACAGUACCCAACGUCUUCAUCAAAGGAACCCAUAUAGGGGGCUCUGAUGCUACUGAAACUGCUAUGAAGGAGGGGAAGAUAACCCGCCUUCUUAGCCCCCCUCAGUACGACUUUGAUCUAAUUGUCAUCGGUGGUGGUUCCGGGGGCCUUGCCGCUUCGAAGGAAGCAGCCACCCUAGGGAAGACGGUAGCUGUGUGUGACUUUGUGAAGCCUUCACCCAAAGGAACAACAUGGGGACUUGGUGGCACAUGUGUCAAUGUUGGUUGCAUUCCCAAGAAACUAAUGCAUCAAGCAGCUAUUCUAGGUGAAUCAUUACAAGAUUCUAGGCACUACGGCUGGGGGACUCCAGAAAAGGUUGAACACAGCUGGAGUACAUUACGUGAUGCUGUCCAAGCUCAUAUAGGUUCUCUCAAUUGGGGUUACAGAGUAGCACUCAGGGAUAAAGAUGUUACCUACGUCAAUGGUUUUGCUGAGUUUGUAGAUGCACAUACUAUCAAGACGGUGAACAGGAGAGGUAAGGAGCAGACUCACACAUCAGAAAGGUUCUUGAUAGCAACCGGGAUGAGACCUCGCUAUCCUGACAUUCCAGGCUGCAAAGAGCACACCAUCACAAGUGAUGACCUCUUCAUGUUGCCCUACAACCCUGGUAAGACGGUAUGUAUAGGAGCUUCCUACGUCUCGUUGGAGUGCGCCGGCUUCCUGGCGGGCAUGGGUAACGACGUCACCGUCAUGGUCCGGUCCAUCCUCCUGCGUGGCUUCGAUCAGGACAUCGCAGAGAAGAUCGGCAGCUACAUGGAGAAACACGGCACUAACUUCAUCAGGAAAGCGGUGCCUACAAAGAUUGAGAUGGUGAAGGAGGGCACGCCCCCAACCCUCAAGGUUCACUUCAAGAGGACUGAAGGAGGAGAGGAGUCUUCUAUCGAAUGCAACACAGUCCUGAUGGCAGUAGGAAGAGAUGCCUGUACCACAGAGCUUGGGCUUGAAAAGGUUGGAGUCAUCACCAGUCCCAAGAAUGGGAAGAUCCCCUGUACGAAUGAACAGACCAAUGUGCCACACGUCUACGCUGUAGGAGAUAUCCUUGAGGGUGGCCAUGAGCUCACACCAGUAGCCAUUGAAGCAGGGAAGCUUCUAGCCAAGAGACUCUAUUCCACAAGCACUCGUCAAUGUGACUAUGUGAAUGUUCCUACCACAGUCUUCACUCCUCUUGAGUACGGAAGCUGCGGUCUCCCCGAGGAGGAUGCGGUGGCAAAGUAUGGAGAAGAGAACCUUGAAGUCUACCACACCUACUUCCAGCCUUUAGAAUUCACUGUAUCACACAGAGAAGUCAAUGCUUGUUAUGCUAAGAUCAUCUGUGACAAGACAGCCAAUGAGAAAGUAGUGGGAUUCCAUGUCCUUGGGCCAAACGCCGGUGAGAUGACCCAAGGGUUUGCCGUAGCGAUGAAGGCAGGGGCGACCAAAGAACACUUUGAUUCAACCAUCGGUAUCCACCCUACAUGCGGUGAGCUCUUCACUUCAAUACAUAUAACCAAACGCUCAGGUCUAGAUAUAACCCCUUCGGGCUGCUGAGGUUAAACCCUACCGCUCUAACGCCCUUCUGUCACUAAACUGAUCUGCCUCCAACAGAUAGCAUGUAGGAGAUAUUCCCCUUUACAAGAAAACUUGACAACUGUGUGCACUGUUAAUCAUUUUGUAUUAAUCCGACAUAGAUCAUUUCAUAACUGUCCUUAAAUCAUUUGUUUGUAAAUUAAGGUGAGUCGAUCUUAUUCUCAUGAAUAUAGUUUGUGCUAUGCUUGUAAUAUGCACUUUACAGAUAUGUAAAGAUUUACUUGAUCCUUUAGCAGUGAAGUUUAGAUAUUUUGUUUAUAUAGCAUCCUAGUAAUUUUCCUGUCUUCCUCAUUGUGUAAUAACCAUGAUUUGUCGAGAGACACAUAUAGAAACAUAUCUUUAAAUUAAAAAAAUUUAAAUAAAUCUUGAGCAAUACCUAGUGCACACAGCAGUUAAGAUUUAAUUUCUUGGAGGUAGAUUGGAUCGAUGAUGGAAGGGUACGAGUGGUGGGGUUACUUCGCUUUUUUUCUUGAAACUCCCGUGAAUUCUGGAGCUGCGGCUACGUUAAUGCACAGCACUAUGAUGGACGACUUUGUAAACCCGCACUGCGGAGCGAAGUCGACUUGACGAUCCAGUCAUGGAGUUUCAACCCUUUUUUUUUAUUGACAUUGUAAUCCAGCUAUGACACAGCUCAUUCAUUUAAGCAAGUCUUAAGUUAUUCUCUCUUUUACAUAUUUGUUUUUAAUCAACCUUUAUGAAGAAAAAUGUAAAUUUUAUCAUUCGGUGCCCACGGAAGUAGGAUAUAAUGCGAGUUUGUACAGGGUUGAACAUACAGUCAGUUCUUGUCUGGAUGUCUGGAUGUAUUUCAAUAAACUUACACGUAGGUAUACCAACCAGGCUUUCAAACUGUUGACAUAUCCCCUGCAAUGAACAUUCAAGAUUUGAAGCAUUUGAAUCCAUGAAGAAAUUUCAACCAGUCAAAUGUAUUUGUCGCCUUAACAAUUUGGGUACCAUGCGUUUCUUCGCCUCACUAACAAUAAGACGUGUUAUAGCUGGAUUUCAGUGUCGGAGUAUGAUGUCAUGUAUUUUUAAGGACUCUUGAAAACUAUGUUCUGUAGAAUGAUCUGUCAAAAAUCAUUAUCAGACAAAAAAACAAAAAAAAACUGUUGAUUUGAGAUUGUGUACAAAAGAUAUUUGAUGCUAGAUAUAUCACUGUGUAUUUCUGGGAUCACCUACGUACCAUAUUGAUAUUAUGUAAACUGGUAACACAAUUACCUUUUUUAAACAUGUUUUUCAUAUAUAUAGUUAUCUAUGAUGUAAUUGAUGACAUUUUGCUACAAAUUUGGAGGGGAAUGAGCUAUAAUGAUAGAUAAUUCAUAAUUAUCAUUUUGACACUUUAUCUUCAGGUAUCAUUUAGUGGUCUAAUAUAAUGAGGUAUGUUUUGAUUUAGUGAAAUUUGAAUGUAUUACAAAUUCGUUCUGUAAUUUGCAGAAGUGGAAUAUGAAAAAUAUAUAGAUAUAUAUAUAUAUUUUGUGUUACUCAAUAAUGCUGUCAUUAGUUUCUGAUAUCAAUUAAUACAUUUGAAAGUUGAAUGUAGAUUAUUUUCGAUGGGCAGCCUUUUUUUGUUAUACCCUGUAUAAAAAGUGUUUAGAAGAAAAAAGAUGAUUGUGUUGCUUGUUUAUCAUUUAUAGUAUCAUGUUUUCUGUAGAGAAAUUCACUAUGGAUAUUUACAUUUUGGCUCAAGAAUUUGAUACUUAUGAAUUUUAUGAUUGAAGCAAGCAUAUAAAUGCUGGAGUAUAAAGUAUAAUCUUUUAACAAAAGUAUUAUUAUUUUAUAAAUAGGAUACUUUGAAGCAACAAGUAGAUCCAAAAUACCUUCAUUUUCUUGUUAGGACAUCUUUUGUGGUAUAUCUGCAGCUAUCUUCAUCUGAAAAAUUUCUGUAGAAAAUAGGCCCAUUCUGUAUUCUAUCGAAUACAGUGUUAAAGCUAAUCUCGAGUUCUAGUAAUGAAUUUUUUGGACGAAAUGGCUAAAUAUAAGUAUGAAUCAUGCAAUAGGUUUAGGUGGAUUGUUUAGACAGCAAAAUACUAACACUGCCUAGAAAUUACAUUCGCUACAAAUGACAACUUGUAUUUGCACUUACGUGGAACCAACAUGUUGCACUUGCAUUUGAAACUAAUUUGAUUUUCUUUUCUUGCGUUAUUUAUUAAUCUGCUAUGACAUAUUUUCUACCAGAGCCGUUUAAUAGGCAGAUUAUUAUUACGGUAGUGGUUAAAGUGCUAGUUCUGUUUUGUUUUAAGAGAAAUUAUUCUCCAUCAUUACCGGAACUCAUGAUGACCUUUGACCUAUUUGAUCUAGGCAGUGUAAAUAAAUCAUAAGAUGUGGAUUAUUUUUGUUGAUUUUAGUGCUGUGAGUAUAGGGACAGGAAUGAGGAGUUAAAUCACGUGCCUGUCUUUAAAUAUGUGUGUGUGACAUUUAAUCUAGAGAAAUAAAGAAACCUUGCGAAUACACGUCUAUCGACCAAGUAUUAGCGAAUUAGCGAAUAUCCCUGAAUGACAUUCUAUUUUCUCAAUUUUGAUUGUGAAUCGAGCAAAUAUUUGCAAGAUAAAAAGAGUUGUACAUACUGAUGAGAUAAAAUGAACAUUUUUUGUUGAAAUGACAAUAUGGGUAUUUCCCCUCUCCCAACCGCCAACUAAAAGUAAGAACCCUCAGUAACAAGACAAAAUUGAUGGAUUAAUAUCAGUUGGGCAUGGAUGGUUACCAAUUCUCUAAGACUGUCGUUUUCAUGAAAUAAACCAUUUUGAUUAAGAAGAGGACAAAUGAUCAUGUCUUCUUUCCCUUUUUUUUUUAAAACAAAAAUGAAUACUCCUGAAUAUGAAUGAUGUGAAAAUGAAUAAUGAAUUUAUCGUUGAUGAAAGGUUAUAUUUUAAAUUUCAGAUUUUAUAGAAUGGUAUAGCAAAUCUGGGUUUUAUUUUAGUGUCCUUCAUUAAAACCAGUGUUUUGUAAAAGAAAUAGAGAAAAUAUGUAUUUGUGGUUAUUCUUUAUUUAUGGAUUUUGCAUUGUGAUUAUUUGGGCUCUCAAACUUAGUAUGUGAGUUUCUAGCUGAGCCAUGUAGGUGGUAGCCUUUUGCAUUAUUUAAAUAUAAUUUUAAAUGUCUGACAUAAUGAUUGGGUAUCUUCCUGGAUAUUUAAUCGAAGAUCAACUUUGAAUCCUAGCCCAACCUUUCUUGUGUAUGCCUUUCCACAAGGCAUUGCAUCAAUGGUUGUUUCUCUCUAUCCAGGUGUAGUAAGUCUGCACAAAUUCAUUUAUUGCUGUGUAUAGAUAGGCUAAUCAAAAUCGCUUUCUAUCUCAACAAAAUAUGUUGUGUUUCCUUAAACCAUGUAUAUAUUUGAUUUAUCCAUUGAACUGAAGACUUUUGUCUUGGCCUUUCUAUAAAAAGACUGUAUAAUACAUCAAGGUUAUGUUAUAUCUGUGUUCAACUGUCAAUAGAAAUGAUCAUUGGUUAGAAUCACAGAUACUGCAUAUGACUAAUUUAUUUUGUAACAUGUACAAUAAUUUGAUCACAUUUUGUAUCUAUCAUUUCAAUUUAGUGUAAUUUAGUUUAAUUAUGAGUAGGGCAUCUUCGGAAUCUGAGAAUUUCUUUGCUUUUUUCUACACACCCAUAUGAGGGUAAUUUGAUGUGUAUUUUGUGAGAAAAAACAAAUUGGAAAUUCUCUUAAAAAUUCUUUCUAGAGUUUUGAAUGGUGAUGCUGGAAACUAAUAAUAAAGUUAUUACUAUGUACAAUAA